AUGGAAGGAAUGCCAAGAGCCCCAAUGGUUGCACCAGAUAUGAGAGUACCUUCUCAAGCAUUUCCUGAACAGUUAAGACCUGCUAUUAAAGAGUACAUUGCUUCGCAUUUUCAUGAUAAUCCGAAUAAAUAUGAUUCAUCGCUGGAUGAAUUGGAACAUUUACGAACGGUUGUUAGUCAUUGUCGUGUUGAUGUUGAAGCUAUUUGUAUUUCUAAACGUUAUUUUGCACAAUUAUCAAUGAUGAAAAAACGUUUUCCAAUGGAGGAACAUGAUCCAAUUUCGAUUCCUUUUGCCUGGACUGACCGAGGUUUUGAUUUAAUGAAUCAAGUAAUCUAUGAAGACGUUAAUUUUGAAAUGUGUUGUGUUAUGUUAAAUAUUGGAGUGGCACAUGCUUUGGUUGCAGCGAAUGAAUCACGACUUGAAAUGGAUGUAUAUAAAUUUUUAAUUAAAAGAAUUUUUCUCGGCAAAUGUUUUUCCGAAAUUUUUUUGCCUUCGCCCUCUUUCUUUUCUCCUUUCAUAAAAAUAAAAAAAUUCUUUUUUAAGAGUAUCAAAAAUGCUUUUAUGCAUUUUCAAUGGGCUUCUUGGCCGCUUCAACAUUUGAGAGAUCAUAUGGGCGCUUCACGUUUUACUCUCAGCGAUUUUGAAUCUCCUUAUUUGACGUUUUAUUUAAAUAUAUUUUUGGCUCAAGCACAAGAAUGUAUGUUAGAAAAAUCAAUGAUAGAUCAUCGAAAGCCUGUUGUUAUUGCUCGUGUUGCACUCCAAACACAUGUAAUGUAUCGAAAUUGUGAGGCUUAUUUGAAGUCUUCAGGAAUUUCUGAUUUACUUUCUUCAAGCAAAUAUUCGGAGUUAGAACGUUUUUGUACAACAAAAUCAUUUCUAUAUUCUGCCCUCUACAAUUAUUAUUUGGGACAACAAGCUGAAGAUGAAAAACAAUCUGGAACACGUUUAUUUUACUUUUCGCGUGCUUUGGAUUUGAUAAAAUUAGCACAAAAAGCUGUUGAAAAAGAAAAGAAGAAACAACAACUUGGAGAAACUGUGCAAUUUGCUUUUGAUGUUAUUUUACUUUGUGAAGAAAAUGCUCGUAAAGAAAAUAAUUUUAUUUAUCACGAAAGAAUUCCAUCAGAAGAUGAAUUAACAAAAUAUGAAGGUGUAAUGAUGGUUAAACCUUUAAGUUUUGAUCCUUGUGAUCCUUCUAUUGCUGGUGAUGAUUUAUUCCGUGAAUUACUUCCAAAUGAUGUUGUCAAGACAAUUUCAUUAUAUAGCGAAGAAAAAAAUAAAUUUAAAAGAGAAAUACUUGAUUUGGUUGCACAAAAGGAUUCGGAAUUGGAAAAUUACUUAAUUUCAAUGAAGUUUGAUCAACUAGAAUUGGAUAGACCUUCAGAAAUGGUUCGACUACCAGAUGAACUUUUAACGGCGAGUGCAGCUUUAGCAGCACAACCAGAUCUUUUCUGUGAUUUACUUGAUAAUUUUCAAAAAGUUUCUUCAUUAGCUACAGAAUCAGAAACAAAAUUGUCAGAAUUAAAGCAAAGGAUGGGAAAAGUAACAGAUUCUUUUUUUACGAAUGACCAAGGAUUUAUUGCGAUAAAUCGCAAAUUGGAUGAACUUACUAAACAUGAAGCACAAGCAAAAGAAAAUAACACAGAACUUCAAAGAGCGAUGGCUACACAUUCUAGUAAUCUGAAGAUGCUUAGUAUUCCAUUACCCGAAUUGACAAAGAAAAUUUGUGGAGAUUUUACAAAUCCAGGCGACUCUCCAGAAGGCAAAGAACUUCGCCGUGUUAUUGAUAAGGUCGACGAAAUGCGUUCUCAACGUUGUACUUUAAUUAAACAAUUACGUGAUGAUCUGGAAAUGGAUGAUAUUACAAAGAGAGCAUUAACUGAAAGAGAAUUAGAUUCAAAACAAUUAUUUGAAAAUGAACUACUAAAACACAAAAAAUUAAAAGAAUUAAUUGAACAAAAUUUGCGUGCACAAACAUUUAUAUUGAAGUCGUUGACUGAGAAGAAUGCAAAUUUUGCUGAUUGUAGGAGGCAAAUUUUGGAAGCAAAUGAAAGUCGUGCAUUGCAAUCCCUUACUUUAGUAACUGCUUAUCAAACAUUUAUUGAUAUUGUCGAAAAAACAAAUAAAGCAUUGGAAUUUUAUGAUCAAUUGUUAAAAGUAUUAAUGGCUUUGGAACGUGGUGUAAAGAAUAUUGAAGAAAUUAAUAAUCAAAUCACACUCGAAAAGGAGAAAAAACGCCAAGCUGAAGAUUCGAGGCGACGGGCAGAAAUGGCUGCACAUGAAGAGAAGUUAAGAAAGGAAGAAGCUGCAAGAGAAGCUGCGCGUACAAUAAAUGAAUUCCGUUUUAAUCGAGUUUAAAAAUGUAUAAAAAGGAUUUCUAUUUACAUGUAAUGUGAAUAAAUAC